AUGCUGACGACGACCAACGUGAGGUCUGCGUCGACGUGCCAGCCGCCGGAGACGGUGCAGGGCAUGCACGUCUUCCAGAUCCUCGGCUACAGCAAGCAGCGUGGCAUCGGCUCCAACUCCUUCAUCCGGUCCGCCGUCUUCGACGUCGCCGGCUACAACUGGGUCAUCUUCUUCUACCCCGACGGCUUCGGCGACGAGAUCGCCGCCGCCGCCGGCUACGACCUCGUCUCCGCCUACCUCCGCCUCCUCAGCACGGGCUGCGGCAAGGUGCGCGCCUCCUGCGACCUCCGCCUCCUCAACCCCGCGACCGGGUCCUCGACGUCGGCGCACCCGGCGCUGAUCACCACGAGGGAGUUCGACCCCGAUAGCGACGGCGGCAGCAAGGUCUGCCACUGCCUCUGCAUCGGCCGCAGCGAGCUCGAGGGCACCUACGUCAAGGACGACCGCCUCACCAUGGAGUGCGUCGUCACCGUCAGGAAGGAGCCCAAGGUGUCCAAAUCCAAGACCUUCCCUAGCAUCAAGGUACCACCGUCCAACCUCAAGAGGCAGCUCGCCAAUCUGCUGGAGAGUAGAGAAGGAUCGGAUGUCACGUUCAGCGUGGCGGGCGAGACGUUCGCGGCGCACCGCCUCGUGCUCGCAAUGCGGUCGCCGGUGUUCAAGGCGGAGCUCUGUGGACCGAUGAGGGAGUCGGGGACAGUACAGCAUCCCAUUGUCAUCGAGGACAUGCAGCCAGAUGCAUUCAGAGCGAUGCUCUACUUCAUCUACACCGACUCGAUGGAUUACAACGAUGAUCUCCUGAGGGAUUACCAUAGUGGGAACUGCGACAUGGUGCAUCACUUGCUGGUGGCGGCGGAUAGGUACGCUGUUGAGAGGCUGAAGCUGACGUGCCAGAGCAUCCUUUGCAAAAAUCUUCAUGUGCGGAACGUGGCGACGACGCUGGCUUUGGCUGAUCAGCACCACUGCGACAGGCUGAAGAAUGCGUGCAUCGAGUUCAUGUGCUGUUCGAAUGACAUGGAUGCUAUUGUGGCAGCACAAGGGUUCAAGGAUCUCGCAACAACUUCGCCUUCGGUCUUGGCUGAUGCAAUGGUGAGGAUGAGUAAGGUUGGCAAAAAGUUAACAAAAAGAGCAUUAAAAGAUGGAUUUAACUAA